AUGGGUAAUUUUUAUGAGGAAUCAAAUGGCCAUGGGCCAACUGAUAAUGGCCAAAUGGUUGUGAGGCAAUCCAACUACCAACCCUGCAUCAAGGUAUCACUACCCUGGCUUGAUGUAAGAGUCUUUUAUGUUAGAAUUAGCAAAUGUGAGAUCGAUGAUUCUGCUCCAGAAUUCCUCACAGUAAAUCAUAUUCCAUUGGAUCCUGAUACCCUUCUUGAAGUCAAUGGUGUUAGAACUAGCAUCAAUUCAGAUGGGGCAACAACCCUUCUUCGAAGGGACCGGUUAGAUAAGAAGUCUGAAGAAGCUACAUUUGUGAGCACUGACAGUAUAAGAAUGACUGGAAGUGUAAAGUUUGAGGUUUUCGAUAAAGAUGUUGUUGUGCUAUCUGGGGUUUUAGAACUGUGUAAUAGUAAUGGUUUCAAUGCAGAAACAGAUCACCAUGGCCAGAGAUGGAGCAUGAAUUGUGAAUCUGAUAUAAGUGCAAGCAGUGGCUUCUUUAAAGGAAAGCAAUUUACCGGUGCAGAAUCUGCUUCACCUUCGAUUGAGGUAUACAUCGCGGGGUCCUUCUCGGGCACUCCAAUAAUUUUAACAAAGACUUUGCAGCUUGGCCUUUGGAAGAAGCAUGUGAGGAAACGGUUGUUGGAUUCCAUACCAGAGUAUGAGGCAACUGAAAACCAGAGGAACAAUCCUUCUAGAUUUGAUUUUCAGGAGUCGGAAUACUCAUAUUACAAACCAGAAAAUGGAGAAAACAACAUGUACUGGAGGACAGCAUAUGUAGAAGGUGAAGAUGGAGAGCUUUCAUGGUUCAAUGCUGGUGUGAGAGUGGGUGUUGGGAUUGGCUUGAGCAUAUGUGUCGGGGUUGGCAUUGGAGUCGGGUUGCUCAUACGAACCUACCAAGGCACCACCCGGAACUUUAGAAGGCAGCUACUGUAA